AUGUGUUAUCUGCAAGAACCGCCGUUUAACAUGGAAGCUCCCAAGAAGAAAGCCAGAAAAGCCAAAAAUAAGACAGGAGUAGAAGUAGUUCAAUCCGUUCUAAAAACGCCAGAACCUCAAAUGAUUGAGAAUGCUGAACCUCUUACAAAAGAAUGGACAGCAUCCCAUUACACUACAGGCGAUAAAUGUAGGUUGCAGAAAUACCUGGACCCAGAACCUCAAAUGAAUGUCAAUGAGAAUGCACAACCAGCAACAGAGAUCAUGCUUCCUUCCUAUGAGGAAAUGCAGCAGGCCUGCCAAGAUCUAUUCAAUGGACCGAGUUCUAUGGAAACACAGCCUGACCUAGAUCCCGUGCAUAUCAUGGAAGAAGGAGUCGCUGUGUUACCAGAUGGUCGACAAGUGGAAUGGUGGCCUAUUGAAGGGGAAUUCGAUGUACCUAAUUUAGAAGAACUGGCUUUGCAAGAGUAUCUGAUGGAUGCAGGCAAACCUUUGCAUACCAACUUUGUCCUGCCUGAAAAAGGACUUGCCAAUGGUUAUACAUGCCCCGUGUAUUUUGGCAAUGUAGACAGCAAGCAGACAGUGUUGGAUAUCAUUUGUAACAGCAUUCAUCCCAAAAUCCAUCAACAAUGGGGAACCUUUGCCUGUCACUGUGGAUUAGUGCCUAGACUCAAGCUCAGUCAAACACCAAGAAAUCCAAACAAAGUGUUCCUAAGCUGCCCUAAGGAGAGAGAAGCCAGGUGUAAUUACUUUCAGUGGAUUCACCAAGCACCUAAACCUGUGAAGGUCCCUAAAGCUUCUACACCCUCAGCUCUCAAGAAA